UAAGUGCCUUUCUGAGAGUUCUCAUUGGGCUCCAUAAGUGUAUUUGUUCUGCCUCCUGAAAUCAUGGAUAUUGAAGCAUAUUAUGAAAGAAUUGGUUAUAGGAACUCUAGGAACAAAUUGGACUUGGAAACGUUAACUGACAUUCUUCAGCACCACAUCCGAGCCAUUCCCUUUGAGAACCUUAACAUCCAUUGUGGGGAAGCCAUGGAGUUGGGCUUGGAGGCCAUUUUUGAUCAAAUUGUGAGGAGGAACCGGGGUGGGUGGUGUCUCCAGGUGAAUUAUCUUCUGUACUGGGCUCUGACCACAAUUGGUUUUGAGACCACAAUGUUGGGAGGGUAUGUUUACAACACUCCAGCCAACAAAUAUAGCAGUGGCAUGAUUCACCUUCUACUGCAGGUGAACAUCGAUGGCAGGAACUACAUCGCUGAUGCUGGGUUUGGACGUUCCUACCAGAUGUGGCAGCCUCUGGAGCUGAUUUCCGGAAAGGACCAGCCUCAAGUGCCAUGCAUCUUCCGCCUGACAGAAGAGGGCGAAAUCUGGUACCUGGACCAAAUCAGAAGAGAGCAGUACAUUCCAAACCAAGACUUUCUUAAUUCUGACCUCCUGGAAAAGAACAAAUACCGAAAAAUCUACUGUUUUACUCUUGAACCUCGAACAAUUGAAGAUUUUGAGUCUAUGAACACGUACCUUCAGAAGUCGCCAGCGUCUGUGUUUACAAGCAAAUCAUUUUGUUCUUUACAGUCCCCAGAAGGGGUUCACUGUUUGGUGGGCUUUACCCUCACCUAUAGGAGAUUCAGUUAUAAAGAUAACGUAGAUCUGGUAGAGUUUAGGACUGUGAAUGAGGAGGAAAUUGAAGAAGUGCUGAAAAAUGUGUUUAAUAUUUCCUUGGAGAAAAAGCUUGUGCCUAAACAUGGUGAUCGAUUUUUUACUAUUUAGAGUUAAGAACAAAAAUGAUCAUCAUUGUUAGUACAGAUGCUUAAAUGUUUUAUUAUAAAAAAUUUCAAACAUAUUCAGAA